CAGCAACCCUAAUUCCCGCUCACCCUACCACGCCCUUACCCAUCCCGUUCAGGUUUCCGAUUCCCCAAGCCUGGCCAAGCAGGCGGGAACUAUCGCACUGUCGCAUCGCAGCCGGACCAGUGAGGUAGAAGGGUAAUAGGGGGAGCUGUUACGCCCGGUCACGCAGUUGGAGUUGUCCUAUCGGAGCCUGCGUAAAGAAACCCAGUCACGGUGAGAGAUUUUGUAGAGUUGAUUCUUUUUGACGACCAGCGUAGUUUCACCUACCUACUAGUGCAGCCUUUGCUCCGAGGUAUUGCGCCCCACACACCCGUUAAGAGCGUCAUGCCUGCUGCAGCUACUAACGAGGAUGACUCUAGUAAGGUUGGUGCGGCUACUAACGAGGAUGAGGCCACUAAAGCCGUUCUCGAGUCGCUCGGCGGUCUUCCACCCACCUCCUUCCUCGCACCUUCCUCGGACCUUUCGCAACAGCUUCGCACCGCGGUAAAGACCAUAUUUGACACCGGAAUGUCCAACCUGCACGCCGCAAAGAACGCCGCAUCUAACGCCGCAUCUGGCGGAGGGAAAAAAGGAGCGGCCAGAUUGAUGAAAUCCCAGUCUCUAGCGCCGGAGAGGAAGCUUCCGGGGCUCUUCGUGGACGGAUUUGACUCGGAGCAGAUCUGGUGCCAGCUGGACCUCGCCUUGGCGCCGACGCUCCCCCGCAUCCGGCGGCGGCUAAAGCGGGCGGAGGAGCUGACGGAAGGGAAGGCGGUGGUUGCGGGGGAGGAGUUCUUUAGGGUUCCGGAGCUCGUCAGGGGGGGAGGCGGAAAGGGGGAAAGCGGACAAAGGGGAAGGAACGUGAAGCGGAAGGAGAUGCGGGGAGAAGAGGGGGAAGAUGAGGAGGAGGGUGGGGAAGGGGAGGGGAGUGAGGAGGACGAUGAGCGGGUGGCGGGUUUAGGGUUUGGGGGUUUGGAAGGGGAGAGUGGGGAGGAGGAAGAGGAGGAGGAGGGGGCAGAGGGGUUGAUGGGGGAGGGGAGGAGUAAAGGGGUAAUGCUGGGGUCGGAAGAUGAGGAUGGGGAGGGGGAGGAGGAUGGGGAGGGGGAGGAGGAUGAGGAUGAAUUGGCGUUGAUGGAAGAGAUCAAGAAAGCAAGGAGAGCGCAAGAGGAGGAGGGGGGAGAGGGGGAGGAGGAGGAGGGGGGGGAGGAGGAUGAGGAGGGGGCCUUUGAUGCGCUGUACAGGGCGGGCUCGCCUGAUGGGGGGGAGGAGGAGGAGGAGGAGGAGGAGGAGGAGGAGGAUGAGGACGACGAGGAGGACGAGGGAGAGCGGAAGACAGCUCGGAAGAAGAGAGGGCUGCUGGAUGGGGCCAAGAUCAGGUACGAGGAUUUCUUCGGGCGCAAGGCACCCGAGAGUCAUCUAGAGGCGGAUAGGGGGGAAGAGGAGGAGGAGGAGGAUGUGGAAGAUGUUGAGGUGGAGGAGUGGGAGGGGGAGGGGGAGGGGGGAGAGGAGGAGGAGGAGGGAGGGGAGGAGGGGAAGGGAGUGGUAGGGAGCAGGAAAGAGGGAUUGUUGGAUGAGGAGGAGGAGGGGGGCGGCGAGGAGGAGGAUGAGGAGCCCAAGUCUCUGUAUGAGAUCCGGCUAGAGAGGCUGAGGAAGCGCAUGCGGCAGCUGGAGGAGGAGAACCUGCACGUGGCGGCGCGGCAUUGGACGAUGCGUGGCGAGGUGACAGCUGGCAGCCGCCCGAAGAACAGCGCGCUGGCGGCCGACCUGGACUUUGAGCACGCCGCCCGGCCGGUGCCCGUGAUUACAGAGGAGGUGACUCAAACGAUUGAGGAGAUCAUCAAGAAGCGGAUCCUCAAUCAACAAUUUGAUGACGUGGAGCGCAAGGCCAAGCCCGUCGCGACACCUGUCAAGGGGCGAUUGGAGCUGGACGACAACCCCAGCGCCAAGGGCCUUGCUGAGAUUUACGAGGCUCAGUUCCUCAAGGCAGCAGGGCAGGCGCCUGAGAGCAUGACGGCCACCGAGCAGAUCAAACACGAGGCGGCACGCAUGUUCAAGCACCUCUGCACCAAGCUAGACGCCCUCUCGCACUUUCACUUUGCUCCCAAACCAAUCAUGGACGACAUUGACGUCACGGCCAAUGUGCCGGCCAUCGCCAUGGAAGAGGUGGCGCCGGUGGCAGUGUCAACGGCCAGCAUGCUAGCUCCAGAGGAGGUGUUUGCUGGAGGGGAGGAGGGCGUGGGGGCAGGCGGGGGGAGGAAGGGGAGCGCGCGGGGGAUGGUUAAAGGGGAGGGGGAGAUGGAGAGGGACGACAGGAAGCGCCUUCGCAGCAAGCUCAAGCGCAAGUGGAAAGGGGAGAAGGCGGAGGACCAGAGAAACGCUCAGGCGGCUCCAGGGGCCGCACAGGCUGCUGCUGGUGGUGGCAGUGGUGGCAGUGGUGGGCGCAAGAUACGAGUGGUGGAGCGAGGGCAGGCAAAGCAGGGCCUGUCGGAUUUCACCAACUCAACCAAGGUCUUCUCGCACAUCCAGGACAUCAGAGCAUCUGGCGCCAAGAAGCAGCGGGCAGCAGCGCCAUCACAGCACGAGCCACAGGCGAUGCGAGCAGCCGCACUCAAGCUCUGACUGCUUUUUUAGUCGGGUUAAAAGCAGCGGGCAGCAGCACCCUCGCAGCAGCAUGAGUCACAGCAGUUUCGAGCCGCAGCACUCCUGCUGUGAAUGCAGUUGUGGUACCUAUAUAUUUUUUUUCUUCUACAAAUGCUGCCAGCCAUUUUCGCUGCCACCGUUUCCAUCCAUUGCGAUAUGCGGUGCUCUUGAUUUGGUGCAAGAUCAUCCUCAUGCAUGCUCCAGCUUCACCCCUAACCAAGCUCCAUCUACCCACGCUUCACCCACCCACCCAUGCCCUCUGCUGUCGUCUUUCUUCUCUCGAAGCGAUAAUGAGCUGCCACUGCUGAAAUACGCUGAAGCUCCGCCGCUCACCGCUGGCGUAGGUAUGUUUGCUCACUUGUGUUCUACUACAUACAUGAUACUGCAAGGUGCAGUGCGGUGUUUGUGCUUCCAAGUCCCAUGCAGCCAGUUCCGUUCUUGCGCAGCUUCA